GAGCGUGGUCUGGCAACACGGAUUGGAAGGGGGCACGCGAGUUUUUAUCGUACCGUCAGUUGCUGGACAUGAUCCGUGGAUACCCCACCGAUAAUGUGAAGCCUUCCAUUUUGAACAAGAUUCAGAAGUACGUCAAUGAUGAGGAAUUCACGGUCGAGAUUUGUUCGCUAAAAGGGUCCCAGACAUGCGGCAGCCUUUGCGCCUGGGUACAUGCCGUGAAUGAAUACUCCAAGGUGGUGAAGGAGGUUGCACCGAUGCGUGAGGCGGCAGCAGUGGCAGAACGACACUUAGCGGAAACAAAUGCAAAGUUGCAUGAAGCUCAAGAGCAACUUAUUAUUGUGGAGCAGGAACUGGCGGAGCUGCAAAAGAACUAUGAGACUAGUUUUAAACGGAAACAGGACUUGGAGGAAGGGCUGAAAGUGUGCAUCCGACGCCUUGAAAAUGCGGAGAGUUUGUCAAGCUCACUUAAGAGUGAGGGGGUGCGUUGGGAAGAAAAUAUUCAGCAACUGCAAGAGCGAAUAGAAUUGCUUCCGCUUCAGUCCUUCAUGGCGAGCGCGUGCGCGGCGUACUUUGGUGCCUUCACUCCCCGAUUCCGCAAGCAUCUUGUUGGACUAUGGCUGGAGAAGUUGAAGGAACAUGAACUCGAUGUGACGGCGUUCAGCCUGACCAAGACGCUGGGCGACCCCAUGGACAUUCUCACGUGGCAGAUCAAUGGGCUGCCAACGGAUGAGAGCUCCACGGAGAACGCCAUUGUGGCUUCCCUCUCCACGGCGCCGCGUCGCUGGCCGCUCUUCAUUGAUCCACAGGAGCAGGGAUUGAAGUGGUUGCUGCAGCAGUACGCGGGGGUUGGAGGGGCGGUGGCGGCAAAAAAUCUCACAAGAAAUGCCGUCACCGCUGCCGUGAAAGUCAUUAAACUAACGGAGCCCACGUGGAUUCGUACCCUUGAGACGCAAAUACGCCUCGGUGGUGUGGUGAUAUUAGACGAUGUGGGUGAAACACUCGACCCCGCCCUAGAACCGCUCCUUUCUAGGCGUAUCUUUGCCGCAGAAGGGGCCUCACCUCAAAUUAAACUGACAGCCCAGUCUGGCGCCAUUGACUACAACCCCAACUUUCGCUUCUUCAUUUGUACAAAGCUUCCGAACCCAAGUUAUCUGCCGGACAUAAGCACCAAAGUGACGCUUCUUAACUUCACUGUUACUCUCGACGGUCUGGAGGAGCAGCUGCUGGGGGAGGUUGUUGCUAUUGAAAAACGUGAGCUGGAGGAGGAGAAAAACCGCAUCAUUCAAAGCAUCUCAAUUGGACAGAAGAAGCUGAAGGUUAUUGAGGAGACCAUCCUUGGCAAACUCAAGAACACCAAAGGGAACAUACUGGACGAUAGCGAUCUAAUCGCCGAGUUGAAGUCGGCACAAUCGAAUGCGCGGGUUCUUAGCGAGAAUCAAAAGGAAGCCAAUGAGAAGAUGAAAAUUAUUACUUCAACACGUGACCGUUACCGUGACGUGGCGGUACGUGCCUCCGUGAUCUUUUUCGUCCUUGCCGACAUUUCCCGCAUUGAUCCCAUGUACCAGUAUUCUUUGCAAUUUUUUGUGAAGCUGGUCCAGCAUGAGGUGCUGGCGACCGAGAAACCGGCAGAUUACUCGGAAGAAAACCCGGUGAUGCUGCAAAGACAUCUUGGAAACAUUAUUUUAAGGCUGACAUUGUCCACAUACGAGCAGGUCUGUCGUGGUUUAUUCAACAAGGAUAAAACAAUCCUUUCACUUCUUAUUUGUACCGCCAUUGAGCGUCACAGCCGCAGAUUGAUGGAGGAUGAGUGGCAGUACUUUAUCCGGGCUUCUGCUCUCGUACCCAAUGAGCUGCCGCCGCUGCCACCGGGUCUGUCGUUUCUAUCGCGGCAACAGUGGGAACUCACAGUUGCACUUUUUCGCAGUGUGUCUUGUUUCCGCAAUCUGGAGGGGCAUCUGGUGGAUGAUACGGAUUCAUGGAGAGAGUUCAUUCAGUCGGACGCGCCCCAAGAUGCCGAAUUGCCGGGCAACUGGAGCGAGAAGUUGAACGCCUUUCAGCGGAUUUUAUUGAUUCGCUGCUUUCGUGAGGAAAAGUUGUUUUUUGCACUGACGGACUAUGUGCGUUGCACGAUGGGGCCGCGUUUUGUGGAGCCGCCGCCAUUCAGUUUGGAGGUGGCGUUAUCCGACAGUUCCCCUACGGUGCCCAUUGUGUUCAUUCUCUCGCAGGGGGCGGAUCCAAUGGGGGCGCUGCAGAACUUCGCACAAAGUCAAGGGCGGUCUCUGCAAUACGUCUCGCUCGGUCAGGGACAGGGCGAAAAUGCCAAACGUCUUAUUGCCACGUGCCGGAAAAACGGCUCCUGGGCGCUGUUGCAGAACUGUCACUUGUCGAAAACGUUCAUGCCCGAAUUAGAGCUUCAGGUAGCCGCACUGCAGCAGCAUGGCGCCAACAUCAAUGCCGACUUCCGUCUGUGGUUGACGUCGAUGCCAACCGACUUUUUCCCCAUCUUUGUCUUGCAGAACAGCAUCAAGCUGACGAACGAGCCACCGACGGGUCUCAAGGCAAACAUGGUCCGUUGCUUCAGCGAAAUCACCGAGGAGGAAUUUGAGGUCUUUGGUGACGAGCAGCGGAUGGGCAAAUACUCCAAAAGAACAGCCUUUAAGAAGUUGCUCUACGGUCUAUGCUUCUUCCACUCUGUUGUACUGGAGCGAAAGAAAUUUGGUCCACUUGGAUGGAAUGUGCGUUAUGAGUGGAAUGACACCGAUUUCCACGUGUCAAAGCAGUGGCUGCGUCUCUUCUUUGAGGAGCAAGAUGUCAUACCGUGGGAGUCCCUUGAGUACAUCAUUGGCCAAAUUAACUACGGUGGUCGUGUGACAGACCCUCAGGACCGUGGCAUACUGCAGACAAUUCUACGUGCUUACCUUCGCCCCGACAUCAUGAAAAACGAUUUCAAGUUUAGCUCUAGCGGUCAUUACUACGCCCCACCGGCUGGAAGUCUAUCAAGCUUUAUGGAACAUAUUCAACAAAUGUCGCUUGUGGAUGAGCCUGAGGUAUUUGGUAUGCACACCAACGCAAAUCUUCGAUAUCAGCUGCAGGUCUCUCAGUAUCUGUUGAGCACCGUCGUUUCCACCCAGCCACGUAUUGGAAGUGGGGGUGGUGGCAGCACCGGGGCUGAGGGUGGCGCGGCCACCACGCCUGAAGAAGAAGUAAAGCGAAAAUGUGAGGAGUUUGAGGCCUCACUCCCGGAAGUUCUUUUACGUGAAGAGGCCGGGCCAAAAAGUUUCACGACGUUAGAGAGUGGCCUUCCUAACUCAAUGUCUACUGUGUUGGCCCACGAGAUGGUGAAGUACAACAAAUUAAUUACAGCGAUGCGCAAAUCAAUUCAUGACCUACAAAAGGCUUUAAGAGGACUUACGUUACUUUCCGCGGAUCUUGAUGCGAUGUAUGAGUCCUUCUUGACAGACCAAGUCCCUCGCCUCUGGAGCGCGGUGGGAUAUACUUCCUUGAAGCCGUUGGGCUCGUGGUACCGUGACUUUUUGCAGCGGGUGCAGUUUAUUCGCACGUGGGUGCAGAACGGAGAGCCCGCCUGUUUCUGGAUUGGAGGUUUUUUCAAUCCGAGUGCCUUUAUGACCGGUGUGUUUCAGGCCUUUUCGCGUGCGGAAGGAGUUUCCGUUGACAAGUUGGGUUUCAGUUUCCAGGUGAUGGACGAGGAGGUGGCGAGGAUUGAGGCGGGACCGGAGCGCGGCUGCUACGUGUACGGCAUCUUCACCGACUCAUGGCGAUGGGACGGAACGCGCGGCGUCAUGGCGGACUCAUUACCCGGCGAGCCAUACGCUUCACUACCGGUGGUUCACUUUUUGCCAGAGCCGCACCACAAGAUGGGCCCCGGGUGGCACUGCGUGCCUUUGUACCGGACUGUGGUGCGGGCGGGUGUCAUCUCUUCCCUGGGUGCCAGCUCCAACUACGUGCUGUCCAUCGAAGUGCCGACAGAGAAGGAGUCAGACUACUGGCAGCUGAUGGGUGCUGCCUGCGUCUGCGCACUCGCCAUAUAG